GAAGGGAGGUGACGUCAGCACGGAACGUGCCUCGUAAACAUUUCCAGUGCGCAUGCGUCCGUAAACUAGGAAGUUGUUGACGGAACAGCUGUGAACUAUGUAAAGAAAAGACAUGAUAUAACUACAGGUCAGAGUUUCAGCCAUGGUCUGCUGCCCCCCCUGCCCCAGGCUGUGCUCCCGCUCCUCAGCCUACACUCUGCUGCUCGGCCUGUGCUUCGUGACGUUGGGGACCAGUCGCAUCCUGCUGCUCAAGUUCUCUGCCAACGCUGACAACCAAUAUGACUUCCUGCCUGCUUCAGUCAACCUGCUGGCAGAGGCCCUCAAACUACUGUUCUGUGUGGUCAUGUCAGUCAGAGUCAUCGUCCGAGAGGGACGAUCAUUCAGGAGUUUGGGGAGCACCUCUAGCUCGUCUCUGCUCAACUCCAUCAAAUGGUCCGUUCCCGCCUUCCUCUACUUCCUGGACAACAUCAUCAUCUUCUACGUGAUGACCUACCUGCAGCCUGCCAUGGCUGUGCUGUUCUCAAACGUCGUCAUCCUGACCACUGCCGUGUUAUUCAGGAUUGUGUUGAAGAGGCGUCUGUCCUGGGUUCAGUGGGCAGCUUUAGUCAUCCUCUUCCUGGCCAUCGUUUCCUUGACGACAGGAUCAGGAUCCAAACAGAACUCCACAGUGGUGUCCAGCCUUCACUCAAACCCCCUCUUCUUACCCUCCAACUCCUGCCUCCUGUACACACAGCUCCUGGAUCAGAUGAAAAACAGCAGUGCUUCUGCUGCGUGGACCUCAUCUCUUCCCGGUCAAGCCUGGAAGGAGCAGAUGCUGGACAAGCUUCGAUAUCUGGGCGUGGGCCACAUCCUGCUCCUGCUGCAGUGCUUCAUCUCCUCUAUGGCCAACAUCUACAACGAGAAGAUUCUCAAAGAGGGAGACCAGCUGACGGAGAGCAUCUUCAUCCAGAACAGUAAACUGUACGCCUUUGGGGUGGUGUUCAACGGCUUCACUCUUGGACUGGGCAGUGAAGCACGAGGACGCACUCUUCACUGUGGCCUCCUUUAUGGACAUAAUGUCUACUCCCUGGGCCUGGUGCUGGUCACCGCUGCUCUUGGUUUAUCGGUGGCUUUCAUCCUCAAGUUCAGAGACAACAUGUUCCACGUGCUGACGGGUCAAAUCACCACCGUCCUGGUCACCGCCAUCUCCCUCUUUUGCUUCAACUUCCACCCCUCCCUGGACUUCUUCCUGCAGGCGCCGAUGGUCCUGCUGGCCAUUUUUAUCUAUAACGCCAGCCGCCCUAAAGACUUGGAGUACAGCCUGCAGCAGGAGAAGCUGCGGGUCAUCAAUGGAGAGGUGUCUGAAAGAUCCAGAGGGGAUGGCGAGGAGCUGGAGCUACUAACCAGGAUGGAAACAGACAGCGAGUCUGAGGAGUCGCUAUAGAUGUUCCUGAAGGAGCUCAGACUUUUAGUUUACAGUGAAUGUCAAACUGAGCGGGACUUUCUGAUCGCAAAAACUAACAGAAAUCAGAUGCUGGAGUUGUUCAGAUGAAUGGAUCCGUAAGUGAUUCCAGUUGUAAUUGCUGCUCUUUGAUUGCUGACCUGUGACCUCAUUUCAGGAUUCUCCUUGGUUUUUAUUUCUAUCUGUUUUAACUCUUCGUUCAUCCUGAGGGAAAUAAAGACAUUUGGAGAGUGCUGAUUUAAAAACACAUUUUUUAAAAGUGGGUAAAUGAUGUUUAUUGACAUUCUGUUCAGGACUUUCAUUCAGGUUUAGAUUUUUGAUUGUCAUCCACAGAAAAACAUCCAAUUAGGGGUUUCAUUUACAAAAGAAUACUUAGAUCUAGACUUAAAAGAUAGAAACUAAAAAAGUUGUGCCAAAAAUAGACUAAAGUUUGUCUAUAGCCAGAGUUUUCUUCUGUGAAAUUCAUUUUAAAUCCCUAAAUGUGUGAUAAGGUGCCUUGAAAUGCCUGAAAUUUGCAUCAUUUAUUUUAUAGCUGGAAAUGAUCAUAUUAUUGUUUUUUUUAUUCUAAGAUAUUGAUAUGUAAGAAGGAAAACUCUUUCAAAUACAAAAUAGGACCCAAUUUUUUUUUUUUAUUGUUUUCCACCAGUUGGUUGGUAACUUUUUCCUCAAAAGCUGCCCAUGUCUUGACAGUUGACAGUGCAUUUGUUUAUUGUAUGAGAAAGUUGCACUAAAACAAUAGAAACAUUGCUUUAAACAGUAAUAUUUUUGGCAAAUUGAGAUGCUAUUUUCCUGAUUUUUGUGUUUGUGGUACCCUGGUGAGACCAACUAAAGCAUAUUCACAUGUUUUCGCUGGUGAUAUAAAUGUAACUGCUAAAGGAUAACGGGACUACAAUGUCAAAAAAGUCGAGACCCAAAAAUGACCACAGACUUCUAUGAACCUUAAAAUGUGAACACAUGUAUUGUAAUGCUAAGGUGUUGACGGAGAUUGUGUUACAGUGAAAAUGUGACAGUUUUGUGGAGUGGAUGGUUGAAAUGAUUUUGUGCCGACCACUAAACAGUGUAAAUGAACAGCCUCUGACUCCAAGAAAGACUAAGGGACAAAUUCAGACUGGACACAUUUGGUUCGCCUUAAGUUCCCACAAUAAUCCAGAACAAAUGUCCGGUCUGAAUACACCCUUACAUUCUGGGGUGUUUUAAACUUCGGACAGGAAUUCCAUAUACUGUAGAAAUGUACAUAUGUGUUUUUGUUAAUCCAUAAGAACUGUAAAUGAGACGUGCAAAGCCCCUCAUCCUCGAGGAUGUAACAUGAACUCUGUUUGUUUUGUUCAUGAAUGAGUUCUCAGGAGACGCCAUCUUUGUGCUUCUUUAAAUCUCAAUACCCUCAAUUCAGUUUUAUAUCUACAGAGAAUCAAAGUUAAAAUAUCUUUACCAACUGAAUUUAAUCAUGUGGUCAAUAAUCUUUGAAGAAGCACAAUGCUGUCUUGUUGUUGUGUAUAAUGCAAUGAAUUGUGUUGUUUUUCUCUCCAUUAAAACAUUUAAAAUGCG